AUGCUAGAAGGGCUGAAGGGUAAAAAGUUGGUUUUGGCAUUGAAAGGAGAAACAGGCCCUGACCCAGAUCCACCAAGGAGGCCAGAAGGGCCCGCGCAAGGAAGCAAGACCAACCUCGACGGAACGUUUGGCUUCAUCCAAAUGGGUCAGAAUUUCCUGACCCAAACUCUCUUGACCCGGCCUUUAUGUGUAAGCCCAGUGGGGUUCUUUCGCCACUCCCUGAUGAACCCGGAUGCAGCCACGCCAGCAGCUAUCCCCAUGCAGCGAUUCGGCUUUCGAGGAAUGACUCUCCGUCGUUUUUCCCAACUUCCCACGCAGAGGCGGCGGUACCACGGUGGAGACUCUUGA